GGACCAAAAGUUGGGCUGGACGUUAGUCAGAAAACUUGAGCCCCUCCCAAUCCCUUAAUGGUCCCCUAGCCCCGACCCCUAAACUAUGUGGGUCAGGGUUACAUCAAAAUGUUUAAAAUCGGUGAGCAUGGCCUAAGACGUCCUUCUCGUACGCCAACUCAAGCUCAGCAUAACGCCGAACGCUAAACUCCAGCAAACCAGCAAAAACCACCACCACCCAUUCUCUCUUCUCUCUCUUUACACACUACUCAUUACUCUCCUUCCCAUUGUCGUUGCCACAUGCCUGCGUGAGUUCACAUGUACUCUUAGACUAGCAUUACCACUGUACACGAGUAAAACUCUCUGUUUAUGGGCGAGAUGUUAAACCUGGGAAGUUCGUCUUCAAUGGCUACAGUCUCAUUGGCUUUGGGAUUGAUUAGUGUUGUGAGUUGGGGGGUUGCGGAGAUACCCCAAAUCAUUACUAAUUACAAGCAGAAAUCCACUGAGGGCCUCUCUCUUUUUUUCCUCUUCGCUUGGAUUGUUGGGUGAGUGGCAGAAUAUUUUCUGCAGUGGCCAUGCACUUUUGCCAUAUUAUGCUAUGGAGCUCUUAAUCUCUACAUCUUUCAGGUGUUACACUUCUGCAAUAUGAACUUUGAACAUCUUUUCCCAACAUAUUUGAGAAGCCUUCUUGGAUGCAGAUCAGUAAAAGAUUGCUUUCAAUUAGUACAAACUACAAAGCUUCUUAUUUAUAUUAGUUUCUUACUGACUUUUCUAGACAUUAGUUUCUCCAAUGGUUAGUCACAAUUCUGCUUGCUAGUUUUGGUCUUUUCUGUCUCUUCUCGGUUAUAGAAAAUCUUGUAGGUAUUUGUAUUGAGGAGUCUUGAGUGGUUCAUUAUUUAGAUCAAUACUAGUAACUGAAAUUUGCUUUUUUGCAUAUUAAUGCUCUCAUCAGUUCUGGGCUUCAAACCAUGAAAGUUUCUUCUCAAAUUUGAAAUUUAUGAAUAUUAUGCGCUUCCAUCCUCUGUUCAUUAUCCAUUCCUUUAGCAUUUAGUCCUCUUUGCAUUUUGCUUAAUUCCUAUCUUCCCUUUUGGUAAAAUCAAUAAGAAAGGAGACCUUCCGCUACUUUGACAUGCUAUAUAUUCCUUCUUCCCCUGAAAGAUUCCAAGGGGUGUGCAUGUGUUGAUAGCUGUUAUUCUGUACAAGCAGAUCAAUUUUUUUUGUUAAACUGGAAAUGUUGGUUUCCAAUGCCCUUUCAUACUCAUUUUCUAUAGAGGUCUUUGUGAUAAUUUUUGGGAAAAUGACUAUUGGGUAGAGAGUCUCUUUUUUUCUUAGUGUAUCCUUUAGGUAAAAUUUUGUUUUACUUACCUUUUUUGCAUUGAUAAACUAGUAGAGUACAAUACAAGUAAGUUCAUUAAAUGUUAUAUGUGCUUCAGGUUCUUCGUACAGUUAUACAAUUAUUAAAAUAAAUAAAUAAAUUAUACACCACCUUCCAAUCAUUAAUUAUAUUCAGACACUAGUUCUAAAUAUAAAUUGCCUUUUUAUUUUCUCUGCAGGGAUCUUUUCAACCUUUUUGGUUGCAUGCUAGAACCAGCCACACUUGCAACCCAGUACUACAUGGCAAUGAAUGAAAUUCUACUUUUAUAUACGGCAGCUGUACACGGUGACAACACUUAUUCUCACUUCACAAACAUUGUAUUAUGCCCAUAUCUAUCCGCGACUAGAAUCCAACAGAAGAUGGCAUGAAGUUAGUGAGAGUGGGGACUUCGAGAAGAAAAGUGUGCAUAAUCAUGGAGUAGAUGAGUCAAAAAGCAGUAGAGUGUCUUCGACAUCUGGAUUUUCUCAAAGCUCACCAAUUUCUCUUCCAGGUCGCACUCCUAUUGUGUCCUCUGGAGGAGAUUUAUACUACAUGUCAGCAAGAUCUCUAUCAAUGAGUCAUACUCCUACAGCUGGAUCUUUUCCAUCGCACAGAACCCCUCCUUUGGAUGCAGAAUUCAAUUUUAAGGAGCCAUUGCUUGAGGAAAUCAGAGCCACAAAUUCUCUACCUCCACCACACACAAAACGCAUGUUGUGUUUGGUUUCCAUUGUGACAUGGUUCCUUUCUGCUGUAAAUGUUCUAAAACAAGAUAGCAUGAAACAUAACCUGAGACUACAGAAACCAACAAGUGGAAUUGUAUUGCAAGUGGGGAGAAAGCUUCAACAGGUGAAUAUAACCUUGAUGGUGAAUACCACAACUAAUAGCGGCGGAGUUGGAUCAUUCCUUGGCUGGGGAAUGGCAGCUAUUUACAUGGGUGGACGCCUUCCCCAGAUUUGCCUAAAUAUUAGAAGGGGAAAUGUUGAGGGUCUUAAUCCACUAAUGUUCAUAUUUGCUCUGCUAGGGAAUACUACAUAUGUAGCAAGCAUACUUGCUAGCAGCUUAGAUUGGUCAAAAAUUGGACCAAACCUACCAUGGCUGGUGGAUGCAGCAGGAUGUGUACUUCUUGACACAUUUAUACUGAUUCAGUUCGUGUUCUUCCGCUAUUGGACUCAAAGGGAUCAGCAGAUUAAAGAAUAAGUGAAUCCAUUGAUCAGACAUGUUUUGGAAUAUCUCUUGGUUUUCAUGUCUAAUCAUCCCGUAACCUCAUUGAAUUUGUGAGGCCACAAUAGCUGCUAUCCAGAAUGCCUUGCACGCUGCCGAAUUGACAAGGGAGUGCCAAAACGCUGCAGUUAUUUGUACAAGAAAAGCUCCAAGAUACCUAUCUUCAGCUGAUAAUUGUCUAUCCACAUCCCCUUUUAAAUAUUUGAGCAAUUUGAUCGAGUUAGUUGUGUUCCCUGAUUUCCUUUUCUGCUUUUCCACACGUUUUUAUGUUAUGCAAAUAAAAUGACUUUUGUUCUGAAAUUUUUGCUACAUUUAUUAUAAGAAUUUGCAGGGGGUGUACUCCACUAAAGCUGGUAUUUACCUUU